UGUGUUUUGUGGGGUUUCUUCCAUCAGCAUCAAGUCAAAAUAAAAACUUGAUUCCCGCCCUUCCCGCUUCUUCUUCAAUAUCAUCUCAUCAUCAUCAUUUUCCACCACAAAAACAAGAAAAAAAAAAGUGAACUUGGGUCCAAGGGUGAAAUGGGUCAUGAAAAAGAUCAAGAAAAAGAAAUGGGUGUUGUAAUGGAUACUCCGGAGAGGACCCAGAUCGCUAAUCCACUUUCUAAGUUUGAGGACUCCCCUGUGUUUAAUUAUAUCAACAGUCUUUCGCCUAUCAAGCCGGUUAAAUCCGUGCACUUUACGCAGACAUUCAGCACUCUAAACUUUGCAACAAUUCCAUCUGUUUUUACUUCCCCUCAUGUCAGUUCCCUCAAAGAUUCUAAAUUUCUUAAAAGGCACCAGUUUUCUGAUUCAUCAAAACCCGAACUUACUUCCGAUGAUGCAAAGAAAGCAGAAACCAGUGAAGGGAAUUUAAACGCUACUCAAAACCUAUUAAAGCAGCAAACAGAUAUUAAUUCCAGCAACUCCAUUACCGACACUUCUGCUGCUCCAUCAAGCGGUUGCUCAAAUCUUGAAUCAAGAAAAUUAAUCUAUGAACCCGUUCGUCUCGGCACAAACACAUUAAAAACAGCGGGUCCAUCAGCAUUGUCUGUUCCAUUCAUCAGCAAUGGCCCGGAAAACGGUUCAUUUAGAAACGAACCAGAAGUCGAAGGGAUAAACGAACUCCCUCAGAGUAAAGAAGUAUCAACAUGUGAUUGGGACAGUUUGAUAUCUGAUGGUUCAGAGUUGCUUAAUUUCAACUCACCAACUGAUACAGUGUCCUAUAAGGCCCCUGAUCAAAACACGUUACAUCCUACAAGUUUUAAUACGUUAUUGACGAACGCAAAACCGCAAGCUAAUCCCUUAGAAAACGAUGAAGGUUUGAAGGGGGCAGCUGAAAACUAUGUAGUGGUUACUAGUACGUCUUUAAACAAAUUUGAGGUUGGAGUGCCGGUGGAGGAUACAGAUAAUGAGGGUGGGUCUUUAAACAAAUUUGAGGUUGGAGAGCCGGUGGAGGAUACAGAUAAUGAGGGUGGUUCUAAUUUAUACCGUGGCAUGAGAAGGCGCUGUCUGGUUUUUGAAAUGAACGGGUCCCGGAGAAAGCACUUCGAAGAUGUCUCAAACGGUAGUUCUGCAAACGUAUCAGAAUCCAAUCAAACCGUUGCUCCCAGUGAUAAUAAUUUACGUCCAUCGAGGAACGGUAAUUUACGUGGUAUCGGUUUGCAUUUAAACUCUAUCGCUUCAAACUUAGUGGAUCAUAAACAUGUUAAGCAUGAAAGCUCUGGCUCUGGUAGACAACUUAUAAUUGCACCUUCUGCUGCUUAUCCUUCCAUGGGUUCCGGUCGAGAAUUGAUGACAACGUUAUCGGAUUCACCCGACGUCGGGCCUGCUCUAAACGUUGCCGAAGAUGCUUCUAAAGCGGUCGGGUUUGUAGUUAAUGAUGAGUUAAGUCAAAGUCAAACUAGUCCGAGAAAGAAAAGGCGUAGAGCGGAAAAUGUUGGAGAGGCGGAGGCUUGCAAGCGAUGUAACUGUAAGAAAUCCAAGUGUUUGAAGCUUUAUUGUGAAUGCUUUGCUGCUGGUGUCUACUGUGUGGAGCCAUGUGCAUGCCUCGAAUGUUUCAACAAACCGAUACAUGAAGACACAGUGCUUGCAACUCGCAAGCAGAUCGAAUCCCGCAACCCUCUUGCAUUUGCUCCCAAAGUUAUCAAAACCUCUGAUCCCAUGCAAGAGGAUGAGUCUAGCAACACUCCGGCUUCAGCUCGACAUAAAAGAGGCUGCAAUUGUAAAAAAUCUGGUUGCCUCAAGAAAUACUGUGAAUGCUAUCAGGGUGGCGUCGGAUGUUCUAUCAACUGCAGAUGUGAAGGGUGCAAGAAUACGUUUGGUCGCAAGGAUGGUUCUGACAUGGAUCUAGAAGGCAAUGAGUGUGACACGAAUGGGAGCGAUGGAAGCUUGCAGACGGUAUUCCAUACUGAGGCCGAACCGGUUUCUGCUACUCCUGCAACUCCUUCACGUUUUGGCAGCGCGAGACAAUCUAUUCCAUUGAUGAACUCAAAGGGCAAACCGCCACGAUCAUUUCUAGCCAUCGGAUCAUCCUCUAACCCAAGAUUUGGAAAGCUGAACCCUUUCAGAGGUGGCGGUGGUACUAAGCAACUACAAACGGUGGGAGAAAACGAGAUACCCGAUGUUUUUGAAGAGAAGAAUGGUUCUCCAAUUAGUGGCGUAAAAUCUUGUUCACCAAACAGCAAGAGGGUGUCACCCCCACACUCCAAUUCCAUCAUGGGACAAAGAAGCAGCAGAAAGUUAAUUUUGCAAUCUAUUCCUUCAUUUCCAUGCCUCACCCCCAACAGCAAGCAUUGAUGCAAAUCAACCACUUUGCUUUUUCUUCUGUAUGGAUGCAUGGAUGGAUGGCUAGAUGGAGGGUCUUUCUUUAGUUACUGUGUAGUAUUUUUUUUUUCUUUAUUUUUUUUUUUCAUUUUUGAUGAUCUAGUUGUAUGGUUUACUUAUUCCAGCUUAUAAAUCUUUGCUUGUAAUAUAAUAAUAUGAUGCUCUUAGUUAAAA